UCUGAAGAAUUUAUUCAUCUGUUUAUAUAUUUAAACUCAACAUCUGACUCUGCACAUUUACUUCACUCCUGCUUUGUGUUUAUGUUAUAAUAUAUAGAUCCUUUUACAGCUCACGUGAUCAAAUAGCCUGUGCGUGCAUUUAGGCAACAGAAGUGGUGUUAUUCCCCAUUGGUUCUAAAGUGUUAGCAACUCGGAAAGUUUAUUAAAACGGUUUCAAAAUGUCUGGGUGUUGCGUUUGGUUGCACUAAUAUAGUAUACUAAUAUACGUAUAUAUGUAUUUGGCCACUUUAUAUUUGGCCAUCUGCUAACGUCUUCUAUCCACUUCACUAUAGUACAUGGAUCUGGUAGCUGUGUUGAAAAAGUUGAUAAAGUCAACUUUUUCAAAUAACUUUCUCUGUCUUUGUUGCUUCACUGCUGAUUCUUGUUGUACUUCCGUUGCCUAAAUGCAUGCGCAUACGCUGCCACGUCAUCAUUGUGUACAAACAGUAAAAGGGUCUAUACAGUUAUGUUCAAAAUAAUAGCAGUGUACUAAUACAAGUGAAUAAAGCAGAGUUUAUUUCCAUAUUUCAAAUGUAUUAAAAACAUUACACAUUCAAUAACAAAUCAAAACAUUAGCAUAAUUUACAAGUUUGUCUUGUUUUUUUUUUAAAGGGAAUCAAAUGAAAUAAAUAUAAAGCUGUUCAAAAAAUACCAGUGUCAACAUUUUUCUCUGUAGACACUUAAAACUGAAGACAUUUUAAUUUCACUUUAAACUAUUGAAUUAUCACCUGACAAAAGAGAAAGCAACAUUUUCUGAAGCACGUUUUCAGUGAAUUAAAAAAAGUAUCUUAUUCAUAUAGGAGGGGAAGUGGAAAUAUUAAAAAAAUAGAAAAGGGAAAAUGAAAUAACAUUGGUUACAAUAAUGUUAAUACUCAGAAAUUGAUUUACAUGAAUAUGGGGAAAUUUGAAGACAAACUUUUGCUGCCUUAAAAUUUGAUGUACAAUAAAAAUGGCUGCACAAAUAAUUUUAUUACAUUAACACAUUUGUCAUACGGUUUUAUCCACAGUGACUUACAAUACAGUGAGUGCAUUAGGAGUGCGUUUGAACCCAUGACCUUUUACACUGCUGAUGCAAUGCUACCACUGAGAUAUACAGUGAUAUAUUAUUUUAAUAUAAUACGUUCAAUUUUUUUCUAGUGUAAAUUAUAAAAUAUUAAAAUGCCUUAAAAUAUUUUGAUGAGUUAAUGUAAAAGCAUAAGUUGCCAUGACUUAAUGAUAAUAUUAUUUUUACAGUGCACACCUGAAACAUGUUGUGAGGACACUUUUAUGUAUUUUUAUGUUUCCCAGUGUUUUGUUCAAAGACCUGAUGAUGACCUUAAGCAGUAUGUGUUGUUGUUCAAAGUCUAAUGUAGAUGUGUUACUAAUCUUAAUUGUGACACCAAUCUUUGUUGUUGUUUACUGUUCAGAACAACACAGAAAUGUGUCACAAUGCAUUUGUUGUAUUUUUGUCUGCUUUAUUUUUUUCUAUGCGGAGUCACUUCUCUAAUCUACACCAGCACUUUAUUCAUCUUUUCAAGUUGUCUGACAGUACAUAAAGAGUAUAUUUAUACAACAUUGAAGAGAUGUGAUUCAUAAAGUUAGAUGUGAUUCAAAAAUAUCUGGUGGAUGUCUCUCACUGUAAAAAUAUAAAUUAAAUAAAUAUUUAAAUGACACUUUUUUGCUGACUAAAACUAACUUGAAAAACUUGCAGACAGCACGUUUUUCCACAAAUAAACUGGUCCAGUUCUUCUUAGUAUAACAAAAAGUAAAAAAAGGAAGAGAAAGAAUCUCAUUCAACAGUGUAUGUUGAUACUUAGAAAUGGAUUUAGAUGAAUAUCUGUUAGAGGAAGAUCUCUACUGUUGUGUAUAUAAGAAGAUGUUCAGAUGAUAUUCUUCACACAUCAAUCUCUCAUCCAUCUCUGAGAUCUUGAAGCUCAACACAACUUCUCCAGGAUUCAUUUCUUCACAUCAUCUAAAACAAUGAGACAUCUGAUGGCUUUGAUGUUUCUGGUGAUCUUCUGUUCUCUGCAGCUGACUACAAGUGCUCCAGCUGCCUUGGACAAGUCAAUAUGCUGUUAUGAGUUCAGCAAUGCAGCGAUUCCCCUGAAACUGGUGAAGUCGUUUUACAGGACCUCCAGCAAAUGCUCCAAACCAGCCAUUGUGUUUGAGACUGACAAAAGGUUGAUCUGUGUAGAUCCAGAAACCAGCUGGGUGAGCAAGCACAUCGCUAAAGUGGAUAUGAAAACUUCAACUAGCACAACAACUACAAUUACUACAGUACAAAAACCUAAACCAACACAGUCUUUAUAAUCUGUCUAAACUAAACAUCUGAUCUAACAUUGUACAUACUGUAUACUUUACUCUUACUUAUGUUCUUAUUUGGAAAUGAUUUACUGUAUGAUGACAAUAUUUUUACUAAAUAUUA